AGCUACGACCGGAACUCCGGUCUCUGUUUAUUCUUCCUGACUUGAUGUGGUGCGCAUCUUAUCGACCGAGAAUACCGAUUUCUGAACAUUUCGGCCUUUUUCCCCGCUUCACCGAAGGCUGUGUUUUCCUGCAAGCGGCUGCAAAGGCGAGCGGGUUGCAUUGUCGUCGCGGGGUUAAAGUGAAAGAUUAUAUCGGUCAGUAGCCUAUUAUGACAAACGAAGAUGACACACAUCCAGAAGGAGCCGUAUUUGUUUUGUAUGGCGAUAUGAGGCAGGGGGUGGAGAGUCGCCACAGAGACGCUGGGCUCCGGCCAAACAUCACCGCAUUUUAGCACUUAUUCGAUGCUCGGGCUUUGCAUUGCAUUGCAUUUGCUGCAUCGUUGAUCGGCCGUGUUUUUGCAGAGUGCAUGGUGGAAAAUGCAGCUUGUUUGAGGACAACCCCCCUCCAAAUAUCCAUUGCUGCCAUGAUAGGCAGAGGUCUGCUCUCGACCGCGGCUCGGCCGGUUGGAGAAGAGGCAGACUGAUUUGGGACGGUGGGUCGCAUAUGCAGAUGUUAUUCUGUCUGUGGAGCCUGUAAAUAGCAUCCGCGCAAACACACCGUGAUUCUUACUCAGGGAAAAAGGAGAAAGAGAACAUGUCUUCUCGGUCUGCAUUACCGUCUGGAAACGACAGGAGUACUGGAGACCAUCAUGUGUCACUGGGGGCCAGCCGCUCAGACAAGGCCACCAGCCAGUCCAGCCGCUCGUUGGGCGCCCGGUGCAGGAACUCCAUUGCUUCCUGCUCCGACGAGCAGCCGCACAUCGGCAAUUACCGACUGCUCAAAACCAUCGGCAAGGGAAACUUUGCCAAAGUCAAGUUGGCCCGCCACAUCCUGACGGGCAAGGAGGUUGCAAUAAAAAUCAUUGACAAAACUCAGUUGAACCCAACCAGCCUACAAAAGCUCUUUCGGGAGGUACGAAUAAUGAAAGGCUUAAAUCACCCAAACAUAGUGCAGCUGUUCGAGGUGAUUGAGACCGAUAAGACCCUUUACCUGAUCAUGGAGUAUGCCAGUGGAGGUGAAGUGUUUGACUACCUCGUGUCUCAUGGGAGAAUGAAGGAGGUUGAAGCCAGAGCCAAAUUUCGACAGAUCGUUUCUGCUGUCCACUACUGCCACACGAAGAACAUUGUCCACAGAGAUCUGAAGGCGGAAAACCUUCUGCUGGAUGCCGAUGCCAACAUCAAGAUCGCCGACUUCGGCUUCAGCAACGAAUUCACGCUGGGCAACAAGCUGGACACGUUCUGUGGCUCGCCGCCCUAUGCUGCCCCCGAGCUUUUCCAGGGCAAGAAGUAUGAUGGGCCUGAGGUGGACGUCUGGAGUCUCGGAGUCAUCCUCUACACUCUGGUCAGCGGCUCGCUGCCCUUUGAUGGACAGAACCUGAAGGAGCUGAGGGAGCGCGUGCUGAGGGGAAAGUACCGCGUUCCCUUCUAUAUGUCCACAGACUGUGAGGGGAUCCUUCGCCGAUUUCUGGUGCUCAACCCCGCCAAACGCUGCACCCUAGAGCAAGUCAUGAAGGACAAGUGGAUAAAUACAGGGUAUGAGGGGGACGACCUGAAGCCCCAUAUAGAACCAGUUGAAGACUACAGUGACCCAGCUCGCAUAGAGGUGAUGGUCGGGAUGGGCUUCACUCCAGAGGAAAUCAAGGACUCUCUGCUCAAUCAGAAAUACAACGAGGUCACUGCUACCUACUUACUGCUGGGCCGCAAAGGCGAUGAGGCCAGUGAGGCUCGCACAGCUAGUAGCCUAUCCCUGGCGAGGGUACGACCCAGCCCCAUCACCAACGGGACCAAUAAGCACUCCUCGGCCGCUGGCUCCUCUUCCUCCUCCACCUCCUCCUCACAUAGCAAGACCCAGCGCAGUGCCUCCACCUACCACAGGCAGCGACGACACAGCGACUUCUGCGGGCCUUCCAUGCCCGUCAUGCACCCCAAACGGAGCCCGACCAGCACGGGCGACCGGGAGCUGCGGGAGGGACGAAUGCCUUCACGUAAGGCCAGUUGCAGCGUGAUGGGGAGCCACAGCCUCCCUCCCUCCAGCCCAAUGGUCAGCAGUGCCAACAACCCCAACAAGUCUGAGAUCCCAGACCGCCGCAAAGACAUGACUGCCACCACAAAUAACAUCCCUGGAAGUGCCAUGACACGCCGGAAUACAUAUGUGUGCACAGACCGCUCGGGCGCUGACAGACACUCUCUUCUGCAGAAUGGCAAAGACAACAGCUCCCUGGGACACCGCAUGCCUGCAGCGUCUCCCUCCACGCUCAGCAUUGCUGGGGCCGGAGCUGCCUCCUCCUCUUCCUCUUCGGACCGGUGCCGCCUGACCCGAGGCUCAACAAUCCGCAGCACCUUUCACGGGGGACAGCUGAGGGACCGCGGGCCCCCGGUCUACUCAGCCCCACCCACUUCACCAACCUUGUCCCACCAUGACGCCAGCCCUCUGCCCCACGCCCGCACCAGGGCAACCUCCAACCUCUUCACCAAGCUGACCUCGAAACUUACUCGCAGGGUCAACCUUGACCCGUCCAAGCGCCAGGGCUCAAACAAAUCAGUCUCGGGUUGUACUCUUCCACAAGGAUCAAAAACAGUUAGGUCACAAAUGAAUCUGAGGGAAUCCGGAGAUUUGCGAUCACAAGUGACUAGCAGUGGCAGCCGCAGUCCAGUGCUUGAACAUUCUUCUGUUUUUCACCUCCUGCCUAGUUGCGAUCUACCUGGGUAUCAAAAAGCGUCCGAGCCCCGGCCCUUCGGACGUGGCUGGGAUCUGAGAGGUGUUGGGCGGCGGGACCCUGCGGAGGUGGUACUGGCUCUGCGGGAGGCGGCGCUCGGAUGUGGCUGCCAGGUCCACCAUGCCGGCCCCUUUCUGCUCUCCUGCACCCAUGGCGUGGCAGGGGGCCGCGUGGCUUUCGAGGCCGAGGUGUGCCAUCUUUCCACAGGCACCUCCGAGACUUCUAACGGGGUGCGCUACACGCGACUCUGGGGGGCACCACUAGCUUUUCGGGACAUUGCCACGCAAAUCUCUAAGGACCUUGAACUUUGAACGCAGGGUGUGUUUGCGUACCAGUAUGUGUUUUUGUGUGAGUGAGUGUUGGUGCGUGUGCAAAAGAGAGGGGGUGGACAUAAUUGAAGAAAAACAUAAUAUAGCAGAGAAGGGGCUAGGGGCUGGACCCAAGAUAGAAAGACUUCUCCUUAUGUCUCUAUCAUGACUAACACCCCCCCCACCCCGCACACACAAGCUCACACACAAGCUCACACACAGAUACACAGACCUCACCCCUAAGUCACACAGACGGAAGCACCUCCUUCCACCCAAUCACACCACCCAGCUCAGCCAACUUCUUCACUGAGCAACUGCACCCACUGGACCUGGAUCAGAUGGAAUCUAGUAAUUUUUUAUUGCUACUCUAGCCAUAAUGACACUUUAUUUUGUUAUUUAUUAUUGAUCAUUGGGUUUUACCCACUGUCACUUUCACACUACAGAAAAACAUAAUCUCUUGUGUCUCGGACGUCACUGACCAGCCAGUCCUUUUUUUAAAAUGGUUCUUUUAUAUGUCACCUAUACGCACGUCAUUUUUUCCCCUUAGCGAUGACGUGAUUAUCUGAUGACCUUUUAUCACCUGGGGACAAUAACGUACACACACACGGAGAUGGUCCAACUCAGUGAGCAGAGAGGCAGCCACAGAGGGUUGCAGUGCUUUGAUUUGUGUCCAUACAGCAGUGACGACUGCACUGGAUUAAGGUCAGUGGGAGACCAGUGUUGACAAGUCUUUGAGACAGCCAAUCAGAGGCUGACCUGGAAUCCAAAAAGCCAGUGACAUCUUCCACUUCAAGACAGGGCUGUUGCCUCUCAGUCACAUUAGCUUCUCUGCAUGCGACUAGGAGAAAUUAAAAAUGUAGUUAUUUAUUAACAAAUAAACCCCUUGGUUAGCCAUUUUUUAAUGCAUACAAGACGAUGAGAACAUUUUGGUGCAGUGAUGCCAUGCUCCAUUUUAGGUUCUUGUUACAGCAAUAUCAAAAUUAAAUCAACUUUCAUACCUUUCUUGUCACUGUGAACGUUUUCUAUGCUGGCUCUCUAAAUGAAUGAAUAGAGACGCCUGUGCGCACACGCUGCUCUCUGGUUGGCUGGAUUCACUCUGUCAGUGCUGGUCAUCGCUAGUAAAACUUGGUCAAAGCAUUUGGAUUUUUCAACCUCCCACCCCUUUUCAUCCAUUUACCUUUCUUCAAGGGCAUUGUACUGAAGACAUGACAGGAGAGACACAUACUUGAGAAUAUAUUUCAAACUCAAAACCCUUCACUGUUGAAAUCUCUGAAGGUGAUUAAAGCAAGUGUGAGGGACCUUGCCCUUAUAAUCUGUCCGUUGUCCCACCACAGAUACUGUUUAUUUUCAGCGCAAUGCAAUUCAUCAGUUGCAAUUCAGUUCUGUGCCAUGUGAUCUCACCUCAGCCAUCUUCUCAGUAUGUUGAUGGGGAAACACCAAAAGCAGAUCAGCCAAGCAACGAAACCUCUCAGAUCACACACUUACCUUCACACACACACACAAGAAAACAUACACCAAAUGUCCACCCUCUCCAUUUUGCGGCACAGUCACAAACUGGUCUGUCCAUUAUUGAUGACUGCGGGCUGUGGGGAUCAGGGGGGGAGCAUUCUGAAUCUGGAAAGGCACGGUGAAGGCAGUGUGCACAGUGUUUUCUUUUUGUUAGUCCAGUUGCCUUUAAAGUGAACAAACCCCGGCGCCUUCAUACAGUACAUAUAUAAUGUAUAAAAAAAGAGACAGACAGAAAAACUGAGAAAACUUUCUAUUCUCCCUCCCUGUUUUUAGUGAAUAACGUACUGUGAUAUUUACGUAGGCUACAGAGAUCAUGUUGUUUGGCUGCUGAUUUACUGUUAAUACUAUCUCUCAGUUGUGGCUUUGCUCAUGGUGACCCAAAACACCCCACUAAACCACCCCCAUUUCCUUUCAUCAUAAACUCCCCAAUUCCCUAGAUUUAACAGGGAUAGCUGUCCACCAUCUUUGUAUGUACCACCGACUUUUUUCUAUCGUCACAAUGAGCGUUUGGCUUUGCUCUGCUCUUCGUUUGUGACCCUGUUUUCUCACAGGGAAACACUCAGCCAUCAUCCACACUCUCACAUUGUACACCCUUGUAUGACAUCAUCUCAGUUCCAUUUGGUGUGCGUUGUUUCAUGGAGCCCAAAAAGGGGAGACGGGUGUUGACCUGUCCUCCUCCUCAGGGCGAAAACUAGACUCCAAUAUGGACGCCAGGAGUCUGUCCUUGUCCUCACCCUGGACGUUUCUCAUUGUGGUGUAUAUUAGCAUUAGGUAAUAUAGACCUCAAUGCACUUUGCUUUGACUUGAAUCAGCUCCUUCCAGUGUACCUGUAUAGGUAAUAACCAGAACUAGCCACUGGAGGGCGCCAAUGUCUUAAAUGUGAAACACUUCAAUUUGUGGAUAUUUGCACAGGUACUUUAUUUAUUUUUUAGAAUAAUAUCAUUUAAAAAAACAGGAUUUAUAUCAGUCUGUUGAUGGCUGCAUAUAAAAUAUAUGAAUAUAGUAUAUAUCUUAGAGCUCAAGGUUUAUUUAUAGCUAGAGCAAGGGAAGUUAUUCUAGUUUAAAGCAGAUUAUGUCAGUGACAAUGGAGAACAAAACCAACCUGCAAUCCUGCAUGACUUCAGAGUUUGAGUUUUAGGGGAAAAAAUUAAACAUGAUGCACACCUAGGAUUGGAAGCUUUGUGAAAUGCAGAUGUGAUUGUUUUUAGACAUGAACUGAUACACAGAAAUGGUGCUAAAUGUAGCGCCUGGUCCUUUCCCCUUUCACAAAUACAAACAGAAAGGCUUGAGUGAACUUCACUCCACCUUGUUUGCUAGCGGAUAGGUUCAGUAUGCUCAAGAGGGCUUCUGAGUUCUUAGAAGUAUUUAGAUACGCUAUGAAUGGUCCACAAGAUACAGUGUAAAAGGAAAAAAAAAAAAAAAAAUCAGUUUUAGAUCCAACAAGGAUGCUUCCAUUGGGGAAAAUUGUGCAGUUUGGUUCUUUUUUAACUUGAAUUUGCACCAAUCCCAAUAAGUCCCUGACAUGUUGAAAGCCCUGGGUUGCUAUCAAGCCAUAGAAAUGUAAUGUCACUGUCUCCUUAUAGCAAAUAUGAAUCAGGUUGUUUGCGAAGCAUUUCAGUGGAAAUUAGUGAAGUGAAAUGGGCUAAAAAGCAAAUAACUUUGUGUAAAACAACUCACUCUUAGUAUAAGAUAUAUGAAUAUUGUCUUAAGGUGGAAUCUACUGUGAAAAAUUCUUGAAAAGAGUUUUGUUGAGUGGAGUGUUGAGUAGAGAGACAGUGUGUCGCUGGUCUGGUUCAGAUGGUGGAUGGUACAGUAUUAGGGACCCCCGGGGGCUUAGUAUUUAACAUGCACUGUCAUUUCAGAACUGAUUUUGGAAACAGUUGAUGUUAUAUGCAAAAGAGACUGAAGAACACAAACAGUUUGACCUGUAUGAGUAAUUUUACACUGUUUUACUGUUUAAUUCCUCUCCUCAGAAACAAACUGUAAACUGAGAUUGAGUGGUUGUGGUCUGAUAAGGAGAACAUGGAGCUGAAGAUUAAUAAAAUUCACUGAUGUUGGCAA